UACUCGAAUACUACGUCGGCGCUUGGAAAUAUUACCACAAAACAGCAUUUCUCGCCGGGUUUCCUUCGGAAUACGUCGACGAACCCCACAUGAUUGCAUCUCGAGGAUUCGCUGAAGCCAUUGGCCAUUUUCAUCGCACGGCACAUUGCAGAGGUCACGGAAUCUUCUACGUGGUCAGCACGUUCGCCCAACUCGAGUCGUCGGUGCCCAAGCUACGUCUCUUCUUUCUGGCUCUUGCCGCUCAAAUGAGGUUGAUGAAAGGCGAUUCAGCAAUUCUGUUUUUCGGUCUGACAAUUGUGGACACGGGAGAUUACUUUCCCGUCACCGAGACCGCCAACGUCAUCAGGGACAUCGCCUCGAUUGUUAAUCUCGUCAUCGUGAGAAGCGACAUCGUGCCACUAGGAGACUGCCAUCCGCAGCCACUGAGCUUGUGGCAGCCCGUGCAAGGCGAUCCCAAUAUCACGUCAUCUACAAUUACACAUAGCAAACUCAUAGUGAAGAGCUUGGCCAGCUUGGAAGGAACCAUCGUGGCGAUGUCCUCAAACAUGGCCCUCAAGAUAUACACCCUCACUGCUAACGACAACGGUAGCAUCUGGAAUACAUCUUGGGAAAACUCGACGGAAGGCAAUGCAAACGCAAACAUUUCAUGCUCAACCAAGACCCUGCUUAUUGCAGAGGCACAGACAAGCACACGUGCGCAACCUCCAAGCUACAACAACAUUAGGCUCAUGGGAAAUAUGAGCCGGCUGGCCCUGGAAACCAUGCCAGCUGCUCACAAGCGAAACAUUCAAUAA